CUAUAUCCAGCUACAAUCCCUCAAUUCGAUUCAUCUCCACUUUACACUGAUUAUAUUUCAAGUUUAUACAGCAUAUAUGAAGCAUUGGGAGAUGAAAGAUAUUACUCAGUCGCAACAAUAGGGUUGAUUAAAAAGAAUGCUCAGAAAGAGCAAACAGAGGUGUUGAAUAAGGCAAUGUCAUUAACUAUAAAAGAAUUAGAACUAUACAUUGAACGCAAACAAGAUCAAGAAGAUUCAGACGCUAGUAUCUUUGAAUUAGAGGAAUGUUUAUUUAUAUUGAACUGUUUGAAAGCUGUUUAUUUUGCGGAAGAUUAUGAAGUCCCAACAUUAUUAUCCAAUUGGGUCAAUAGAGCUGACCCUCAACCAAGUUUGGAAUUAAGUGAAUCCAUAAUGAACUCUGCUAAACCUUAUGAACAUCCAUUUUUCUGGAAAUUUGUUAACCAAUUAGUUCUCAGAGGUUUAUAUCAAAAUGCAUCAGAAGCUAUCAAAAGUUCAAAUUAUCAAGACUUGUCCAAAACGGAUAUAAAUCUAUUCAACCUCUUUACUGAUGCUGAAAAUUUAUUAAGAAAUUACCCAAAUCAAGCAAGUCCUGAUAUUUUCAAACAAUGGAAAAAAGCUGCAGCUACUGCUGCUUCUAAUGCCUCAAUAAGGAACUCUAAUAACACAGAACUAACUAAAAGCAUCAAGACCCUUUUCAGCAUAUUGGCAGGUAAUAAAUCAGCUAUUUUGGAUAGUUCAGACACUUGGUAUGAAGCAUUAGUUGGGUUGAUUUAUUAUCAUAUUCCAUCUGCUGAGUUAUUGAAUGAAUAUUUCCAAGAUGUGUUACAACAUCAUCAACCAGAUAGAACUGUUGUUUGGGAAGUGGCAAGUGUUGAUAUCUUUGAAGGUAAUUUCCUCCAAGUAUUAAGAUCUUUAAGUUCUUUCAAUACAGCUACAGCUGCUUACGUCUCUGCAUUAUGUGAAGCUAAAGGUUUAUUAAGAGGUUAUUCAUUAGAUGAAGAUGAAAAUGGUAAAAUCUCGUCAACAUUUGCAUCAUUAUUAGAUCAAGAUUUAUUUUCAACAAGGAAUGUUUCUGAAUUCUUGUUACAUGGACAUGCUCUAGAUUGUUUAGCUGUGGAGGCAUUAAUCCCUGUGGGGAUUGGUCUUUUAGCAUUAUCAAGAAAUCCAACAGCAAGAAGUGUUAUUGCUGAAUAUGUACCAAAAUAUAAUUUCAAAACAAAUGAUGAUAUUGAAUGGGCUUUAACUAUAUGUGCUAGUUUGAAACUACCACAAAUUGCACACGUUAUAUUCAGAAUUGCUGCACAAAGAUCAUUAAGUAAUGGAUUAUUAUUAGAAGCCCUAACAUUAUUUGCACGUGCUGGUGAGAUUGAGUUUGUUAAACAUCAUUGUUGGUUAAUUUUUGAAAGUUCUUUAAUCCGUGGUGAACCUAUUGAUGAUAUUAUUAUAAAUGCAGUUGUUGAUGAUUCAAUCGUGAUACAAGAUAUUGAUCCUGAAACUUUAAAACUUUCACCUGUUUUACGUCAACUAUUAGCACCAUAUGCUAUUUUGUACCAGUUUUGGAAAUUAAAGAAAGAAGGUUCGUUAAAUUUGGCAUUGAAUAGAUUAAUAUCAUUGUUGAAAUUCCCACAUUUACCUCCAAGAUUAUUUGGUUUAUUAAUUUCCCAAAUUUUACCAUUUAUAAUCUUUUUAACGCCUCCAAAAGUUUUAUCCAAAAAUGAGUUAUUAACAGUUGUCAAGAUUUUAGAUGAAUUUGAUGAACAA